AUGAAGAGCAAUGUGUUUGUUGGUGUUAAGCCCAUGGUUGGCACUGUCAAUGGUACGGAGACGGACUUGAAGGAUGAUGUUGAUUAUAUACUGGCUCCCGUGACUAACGGACGGUAUAGGGAGAUAGUGAGCCGUGUGAUCAGUGAGAAUCGCAAGAGUGGUGAUCCGCUGGACCACUACUCGAUAGAUGUGCCUGAACCGCAGCUGCAGGAAAUUGGUAUACCGCCUUUCAAUGACGACCCGAAGCAAUACAUUGGUCUGUUGGCCUCGUGGCUGGACCUAGAGACCGCUGAUCCAGUGCUGAGAGAUGUGGCAUUCCAGGUCCUAUUGAAUGAAUGUAAAUAUUCUAGGUUCAUAGGUGUUUCAAAGCUUAUAGUGGCACCUCCGAAGAACGUCCUGGAGAUACAGAAAUAUGCUAGAAUGGUGGCAGACUUAUUGAACGAUCCCGUGGUCACCGAGAUGCCGCAAUUGACUUUAUCGAUAUCGCUACCGCUCUGUGAAUUGAGUGAUCCUUUGGCCACAUGGGAGCUUUGGAACACAAUAAAAAAUCUAUGUGGUGCCCAUGAGUGUUUGACGGUGUCCUUGGCACUUCCGAAAAAUAAAACGCCAACACAUGUCCUAGAGAGAUGGCUUACAGAGCCUGUCUCUUGUCUUUUGUUGUCGUCUUCUAUAUUUGUUACCAACCAGCAUGGCUUCCCAGUACUACAAAAAUAUAAUCAAAACAUAAUUUUCAGAUUCCAGGAAAUAAAUGGUAGAAAUAUGCUUGGUCAAAAUGAACUGUGCAUCAUAAUGCAUGGGCUUGAGAAGUUUGCCAACGAUGUCAAAGGUGGUAAAGCAUCAUUUAUAAACUACAUCAAUUUUAUACUGAAAAAGGGAGAUAAGCUAAUUUUACAAAAUAUGAGUAAGAUGCUAAAAGCAUGCGAGAAACUGGCCGAACCGAGAAUCUUGCCCCAACUAAAACCACAUAGUGAGGACCUAAGCAAUCAAACAUACGCUUUAUUUGAAGAAGACAUUGUCAAAUAUGAUCUCUACGAGGUUGCCAUUAAAGAUGCGAUACUAGAGAACACAAAGAUAUGGAAGAACCGAGGAAGCAGUUUUAUUACAAUUUUAGUAGCAGGUGCAGGUCGUGGUCCAUUAGUAGAUCGCGUCUUUAAAGUAUUACAAGAAUUGAGUAUCCUUUCUGAAUGUCGAGUAAUUGCCAUCGAGAAGAACUCUCGUGCUUACUUGUACUUACAAAAGAGGAACUUUGAUAAGUGGCAGAAUAGAGUCACGUUAAUUAAUGAGGAUAUACAAAAUUGGCAAAUCAACAUGGCCGAAUCUCAAAGGACAAAGGUGGAUCUAUGUAUAUCUGAGUUGCUGGGAUCUUUCGGAUGUAACGAAUUGUCACCGGAGUGUCUACUAUCACUGCAAAAGUACCAUUCGCAGAAGGAGACAGUGUACAUUCCGCAAUCAUACAGUUCAUAUAUAGCACCCAUUGCAUGUCCCGUUUUGGACAUGCAGCUGCAGAAGAUGUGUAAACAGGAUUUACAUGUCAAUGUCACACAGCAACCAUGGGUGUUGCAUAACAUACCAUAUCAGACAUUGUCGUCAAAGGUGAACGAGUUGUGGACAUUCUCGCAUCCAAUGUCUGAAGCCAGUAACUUGCAACAUGACAUAGUCUCAGAGUUUAAGAUCAAGCAUCGUGCCGAGGUUAAUGCUUUGAUUGGGUAUUUCUCUGCUGUGUUGUAUGGAGACGUAAUUCUGUCAAUAGUACCAGAAGGGACAAUCGUCCGCGUACCUCAGAGUAAAAACAACCAUGAAGGCGAGGCCCUUCACUCUACACCUGAUAAGAGUGCACAUACAAAUGACAACAAGUACUAUUUCAAGAAGAUAGACAAGACACCGGGGCUAACAUCGUGGUCACCGAUGAUUUUCCCAUUGUCCCAACCGUUGUUGGUAAGCGAUGACACCGAGCUGUCUGUGAUGAUGUCACGGCGCCACAAUGGCAAGUAUACGUGGUAUGAAUGGUCUCUUGAAUCGUAUGUGUAUAUGGUAGUAACAUCGACAUCGACUGCCUCUGACGCAACCAUGGAAGUCAUUACACCGAACAACAAUGCACACAAUGUCACACAGGAGGAGUCCAAGCGAGUGACCAGUCCACACCCGUAUGCGCCAGGUUGGACCUUCAGUGCGAACAAGUCGAAAGACGCUCAGCCGCUCUCGAAGCGCAAGAUAAGUAACAGUAGUCCCUUUGAUAAGCAACAGAAGCUCUACUCUGGGCGUGUUUCAAUUGACAACGAAGAGAUGCACCACCAGGAUUUUGAAGAGGGCGACACGAAUAACCAGAUUAACGGUUGGACCAACGGCUGGACAAGCGUAAAUGACCUGCAUAGAGCGACAGAGGCAAUUGUGCCAGCUUAUGAUAUCGGCAACGAGCCACAAGAGAAGAUAGAGAAAGAGAAAGAGAUAGAGAAAGAGAAAGAGAAAGAGGUACAUAUCAGAGUCAAAACCGGGGUAACUAUGUUGCACAAUUCGCGUGGUCGAUGCAGCAGAAUUGAGUUGAGAUAA